AUGGACUCGAAUGGCAAGCAUGGCUCAUCUGAUGAGUACAUCAACUUGGAUGGAAACAACGUUGGAGCAUCAAUGCGAGUGUACCAGAGAAGCUUCAAAGGUGAACCAAAAGAUUGCUGCUGCAUCAACAUUUAUAUAAACAGUAAUGUUCAGGGUGUGUCCAAUUCGGUGUUGCAUGGCAGCCAAGUGAAGAUGACGGAGCCAGGAAUUAGGUUGUACUUUGACGAUCUCAAGGUGGAUGGACGAACCAACAUAACCAACAACAUCUCAAGGCCUGGUUCUUGGCUUUACCUACUACUUCUUUUUGCUUUCUUAGUUUUUCUCUUUCUGCUGGUUUCCUCAACCAGAAUUUUUAUCAUUAUUAUCUGA